AUGAGUAGCUGUGUGCAACCUUUUUGGAAGAACACUACCCUUCUGGGUUCUUCUUCUUUCUUGCCAAAAUUCCCAACAAAGCCCUACCUAGAAACUAGACAACUCAAAUGUGGAAAAAGGAGAAGAAUUUGUGGGAAGAGAGGAGGGAUUGUAUGCGGGUCAUUAUUGCCAGUGGAUCCUUGGGCACCAAACAUUGAUUCGGCGAGCAUAGCUCCACAGCUUUUUGCUUUCUCUCUUUUCCCUUACAUUGGUUUCUUGUAUUUCAUCACCAAGUCCAAGUCUGCCCCUAAACUCACUCUUUUUGGGUUCUACUUCUUACUUGCCUUUGUGGGCGCCACCAUCCCAGCUGGAAUUUACGCAAAGGUGCAUUAUGGGACUUCCUUGGCCAAUGUGGAUUGGUUGCACGGUGGGGCGGAAUCACUGCUCACUCUAACCAACUUAUUUAUAGUGAUGGGGCUGAGGGAAGCUCUUAGAAAAGCUAUGGAUGCAAAAGAAAGCACAUCCGAUGCUGUUUUAGGGAUUAAAGAGGAGAACAAACCGCCUAUCUAG